AUGCCCGAAGCUGCAGACGUCUGCGUCAUGGCCGCCGAGGACGUCGACUCCAAAAGCAACCUUGCCGCCUUGAGCUGGGCUCUCUCGAUCAAGCCGGAGUGGUGCCAGAGGUCCUUCACGAAGGCCGGCAGCGGCACGCUGGUGGGGGAAGCCACGGCGUUGGAGUCCAGGCCCGUGACCGCGGAAGACCUGGAAGCAGCACGGCAUCUGCAUCAGAUCGCGGACGUGUCACAGAUCCCGUACUCCAAGCCGCAUGCCUGGAUCCUGGGAGACGUGCUUGCCUACGACAAGCCGGUGCCAUACUCGCACCCCGCGGGGUGCGUGAGCGUCUGCUUUGCACUGGCUUGUGAGUGCGUCACCGCCGUUCGCCUCAAGCUCCAAGCCCUCCGAUCCCACAACCGCCGAGUACCCACCAUGGCAGGUCUCGGCAACCUGGUCCGCGCCCGAGCCGAACUGGCCAGUUGGCCACAGUUCGAAGGCCACUUUGAGGCGGAGGAGGCACGGGUGGAGGAGGAAGCGGAGAAGAAGAAACGGCAGCGGGCCAAGCGGGCAGUGAAGUGGCCGGCGGAGGUCGAGGCGGCCCGUGUGCGUGACCUUGAGGUGCUACAGGUGCUGAUUGAUGCCGGUGCGGAUGUUCCUUGGCCAGGGUCAAGGUUCCGGCUCGGCGAUGUACCAAUUCGAGACGCAAAGCUCAUCAAGGAGUUUUGGAUUUGCUUCUUCUGCGCAUGGGUUCAGACCGCCGCGUACGUUGCAAGCUCCUCCAAAGGCAUCAGUGUCGGACCCCAGGCAUGCCCGAGGCCCUAA